AAGCGAAAAAUGUCCAGCUCGGCACGAGUGCGGAUGGAAUGGAUUUGAUGUAGCAAGAUCAGUAGCUCAUUUGUAGUGUUAUCAGCCACGAUAUAGGCCACCGUAUGUCUAUAUGCUGCCCAGAAUUAUAAGUGCAAGUGUAUUCCUUCCCUUCGAUCGAGUGAUCGAAGGACGGUUGUGACAACGAACGCCUCCGACGGAAUCUUCCCCAAUUGGUGAACACUGUUUUGGAGUAAUAAAAGUAAUAAAAGAUUCCGCGAAGUGGAGGUUUCACGCUCCGGAAGAAGCCCUUCGCUAGCUGGAGCGCCACGUCACACGUCACUGCUGAUCUGUGCUGAUUUCGAAGUUAUUGCUGAUACAAACACCCAACUCCGAAAAUGAGUGUCGCGGACAACUUUACCGACUUCUACUCCGGCACGUCGUUCGUCUUCCGCAUGGCAGUGGACGAGUACAAUGCGGAGCGUAACUGGACCGGCCUGAUCGACCGCUACUGGCUGAUCGUGGAGGAGCUGAUCGCCGAUCCCCGAGCGAAACAGCUUCCCUUCAUGGACAAUCCACUGCCGACGCUCGGUAUGAUCAUCUGCUACCUACUGUGGGUUCUCCUGAUCGGUCCGAUGUACAUGCGCGACCGGAAGCCGAUGGACUUGCGCCGAGUAAUCAUCUUCUACAACCUGUUUCAGGUGCUCCUCAGUGGCUACAUGUUCUACGAGCACCUGAUGGCCGGUUGGGUGAGGGGAUACAGUCUGACGUGCCAAACGGUGGAUUACAGCGACAGUCCGCUUUCGAGAAGGAUGUUCAACCUCUGCUACGUGUACUAUCUCUCGAAGCUGUCCGAGUUUGCCGAUACGGUGUUCUUCGUGCUCCGCAAGAAGCAGUCACAAAUUACCGACCUGCACGUCUACCAUCACUCGCUCACACCGAUCGAGGCGUGGAUACUGACAAAGUUCAUUGCCGGUGGUAAUGCGACGCUGCCGAACGUGAUUAACAACUUCGUCCACGUGCUGAUGUACUUCUACUACAUGCUGUCGGCGAUGGGAUAUCGCGAUAUCUGGUGGAAAAAAUACAUGACGGAAGUUCAAAUUAUUCAAUUUAUCAUCUGCAUUGCGCACUGCAUCAACGCACUCGCCACGGGCUGUCCGUUCCCGCGCUUCAUCACCACGCUGCUACUGAUCAAUGCGUCCAUCUUUCUGGCCCUGUUUAUGAACUUCUACAUCGAGAGCUACAAGCGCAAAUCGAAAUCGGCCGCCGCGAAGGCCGCCAGCACGGCCGCCACACCAUCGAUCGAACCAGCGGCGCAGGAAGCGUCCGGUGUGCAGGAUCUGCCAGCCGGCGACGUGCCAGCCCUGCCAACCCUGCCAACCAAAGCUGACCAAAGUGGGAUUCCGGCCGAGUCGCUGGAAGCUGCCGUACCCGACGCUGCACCUUUGGAAGACAUUAACAACAACAGCAGCCGAACGGAGCUGCUGGAAUCGGUGAAGAAGCUGGCCGAGGAGCCACUGUGUGAAGCGGAUGAGUCGAAGGUGGAGGGAAGUACCGCCGAGGAUGUGUUCACUGAAGCGCAAACCAAACAGCAACAGGAGCCGACCGGGCUACGGCAACGGCUAGUGGUGGAGCAUGGCGAGGAAACGCGAACGGGGUCAACGCAGCUGGCCGAGCUUGCCAGUGGAUGAGUCAAGCGACCUCGUUUCGAAGUCGGGGGAAAACAAAAUGAAAGAAACUCCAUGUCUGCGUGUGUGUGACUGUAUGUGUGUAUGUAUGAAUGUGUGUGUGUGUGUGAGUCGCAUUUUCUUUUAUAAAAACAAAAACAGCAAACAAAAACGACAAAACCAACACAAUCUAGCCCAAGUUGCCCCAAACCUAGGAGAUAGUGGUCACCGCAAGUUAGUCAGUACGCGUGAAGUGAAGCAGUUUCUACGGGGGUUCCGCGCAGGUUUCUCUAAACAGCCCAAUCAAUGUAUAAAUAAUGCGCACCACCCCCUGUGCAGCAAAACGUGGAGCCAUCGCCACGGACUGAAGUGGAUGCGUUGCAAGGAUGGAGGAGAUUUAGCAUAAGCGAACCGUGUUUUGUGUGAGUGUGAGAGAAUACAGAGACACAAAAAAUGCAGUAACACAUUCAUAAUUG